AUGGAAUAUACAAACCAUUACAUCAGAGCGGCAGCUGUAACCGUGUUAGAUCAAAAGAACUUCGAAGCAAGACAUAUUGUGAGAGUGUCGGGACACAAAUCCGAAGCGAGCAUCAGGUCAUACUCUCGACGCCUGUCAGAAGAGAAGCAACGAGACAUAUCAAAUUCUUUGAGCCAUUAUUGUUGUUUUCCGUCUCACGCCAUGAGUGAUAUUCGUUUGGUGCCAAAUCCCGAGAGUGAACCCGCAGCCAAAGUUCCUCGAUUAGUUACCGAGAGUUCUUCGUCAUUCAUUGAAAUCUCUUCGCAGGAAUACCGGUCAGCACUUGAUACAGUUUUACACUCCCCGUUGCCGUGUUUGUCUCUUCCCGGUUCGCCUGUUCUGAACAGCUACAGACUACUCGGAGAAAAACACUACGAAAAACGAGACUGUUUCAUUCCAGCCAGGAGAAGUUAA